AUGGCCGAUUCUGAGGUUUACGACGGUGCCGUCGGUAUCGAUCUUGGUACCACCUACUCUUGCGUUGCCAACUACGAGGGUACCAAUGUUGAGAUCAUUGCCAACGACCAGGGUAGUUACACUACCCCCUCCUUCGUCUCUUUCACCGACAAGGAGCGUCUGAUUGGUGAUGCCGCCAAGAACCAGGCCGCCAUGAACCCUGCCAACACCGUCUUCGAUAUCAAGCGUCUCAUCGGUCGCCGCUUCGAGGACCCCAUUGUCAAGAAGGAUGUUGAGUCCUGGCCCUUCAAGGUCAUCGACCAGGGUGGCAACCCCGUUGUCCAGGUCGAGUACCUUAACGAGACCAAGGUCUUCUCCCCCCAGGAGAUCUCCUCCAUGGUCCUCAUGAAGAUGAAGGAGGUUGCUGAGAUCAAGCUCGGCAAGAAGGUUGAGAAGGCUGUCAUCACUGUGCCCGCCUACUUCAACGACAACCAGCGUCAGGCUACCAAGGAUGCUGGUGCCAUCGCUGGCCUCAACGUUCUCCGUAUCAUUAACGAGCCUACUGCUGCCGCUAUUGCCUACGGUCUCGGUGCUGGAAAGUCCGAGAAGGAGCGCAACGUCCUCAUCUACGAUCUCGGUGGUGGUACCUUCGAUGUUUCCCUGCUGAACAUCCAGGGUGGUGUCUUCACUGUCAAGGCUACCGCUGGUGAUACUCACCUUGGUGGUCAGGAUUUCGAUACUAACCUCCUUGAGCACUUCAAGAAGGAGUUCCAGCGCAAGACUGGAAAGGACAUGUCCGGUGAUGCCCGUGCUCUCCGUCGUCUCCGCACUGCUUGCGAGCGUGCUAAGCGUACUCUCUCCAACGCCACCCAGACCACCGUCGAGAUUGACUCUCUCUUCGACGGUGAGGACCUUAACUCCUCCAUCACCCGUGCCCGUUUCGAGGACCUCAACGCCAAGGCUUUCAACGGCACCCUUGACCCCGUCCAGCAGGUCCUCAAGGACUCUGGCAUUCCUAAGAGCAAGGUUGACGAGAUCGUCCUUGUCGGUGGUUCCACCCGUAUUCCUCGCAUCCAGAAGCUCCUGAGCGACUUCUUCGAUGGCAAGAAGCUCGAGAAGAGCAUCAACCCCGAUGAGGCUGUUGCCUACGGUGCUGCCGUCCAGGCCGGUAUCCUCUCCGGCAAGGCCACCUCCGCCGAGACCGCUGACCUGCUCCUUCUCGAUGUUGUUCCCCUUUCCCUUGGUGUUGCCAUGGAGGGUAACAUCUUCGCCCCCGUUGUCAACCGUGGCCAGACUGUCCCCACCAUCAAGAAGCGCACCUUCACCACCGUUGUCGACAACCAGAGCACUGUCCAGUUCCCCGUCUACCAGGGUGAGCGUACCAACUGUGCUGACAACACCUCCCUGGGCGAGUUCACUCUUGCUCCCCUUCCUCCCAUGCGCGCUGGUGAGGCCGCUCUCGAGUGUGUCUUCGAGGUUGAUGUCAACGGUAUCCUGAAGGUCACCGCCACUGAGAAGACCUCCGGCCGCAGUGCCAACAUCACCAUCUCCAACGCUGUCGGCAAGCUCUCCAGCGCCGAGAUCGACCAGAUGGUUGACGAUGCUGCCAAGUUCAAGACCUCCGAUGAGGCUUUCACCAAGCGCUUCGAGUCUCGCCAGCAGCUCGAGUCCUACAUCUCCCGCGUUGAGGAGAUCGUCUCCGACCCCGGCAUGUCCAUGAAGCUCAAGCGCGGCAACAAGGAGCGCAUUGAGUCCGCUCUCAGCGACGCCAUGGCCCAGCUCGAGGUUGAGGACUCCACCCCCGAGGACCUCAAGAAGAAGGAGCUUGCUCUCAAGCGUCUGAUCACCAAGGCCAUGGCCACACGCCCUCGUCUUGUUUCACACCCUCAAGGGACUCAAGCGCUUCGACCUUUAUGUCUCCUACCCCGAGCGCCGCGCGCCGUUCCUCUGAAUAGGCGUGAGUUUGCCAAUUCGCCUGCCCUAUACAAGAAAAAGGAAAAGGCCAAGAAAUCUUCUGCUUCUGAGCCAGAGGAAAGCUCUAGCGCCCCCUCUGAAGAUCCAUUUGAUCUUACCCAAUUACACAAUGGCAUUUCCACAGCUGUUGCUCGGCUGAAAGAUGAUCUGUCCAAGCUUCGCGCAGGAGGACGGUUCAAUACCGCAGCCAUAGAAAGCCUGAGAGUCCACCUGAGCAAAGACAGCAAAGACUCGGUCAAAUUGGGGGAUCUGGCGCAGGUUGUUCCCAAGGGAGGACGCAUGGUUACUCUUUUGGCUGCCGAAGAGGAUCACUUGAAACCUCUUACUUCGGCGAUCGUCUCCUCAAACCUAUCCUUGACUCCUCAGCCUGAUUCUCACAAUGCCCUCCAGCUCAACAUUCCUAUCCCACCACCUACAAAAGAAUCCCGGGACAAGAAUGUCCAAGCUGCCAAGCAAGCAUUUGAAAAGGCUGCCGGUUUGGUACGUGACUCUAGGGGUGCUAUGCAUAAGCGCCUUCAGGAUAUGCAGAAGAAGAAACUAGCUCGACCGGAUGACGUGCGUAAAGCUCACGAUCAGAUGGAGAAGGUUACAGACCAGGGCCAAAAGGAGGUGAAGGAUGCAUUUGAAGCGGCCAAGAAGACUUUGGAACAGGUAUAA